AUGGAAACGCAUUCGCGAGAUUUUUCAAAGGUUGCUCUGUUUCUGGCUGGAGUAAUUUUACCAAAGUAUCUUCUGAAAAAUACCGUACCGCUUAUGUAUUAUCUAAAGCUUUUUGCAGAAGAUACUCUUCAAGUUGAGUGGUUUGCCCAAGCCUUUUCGGGUAAUAAUGACUUGGUCUGUCAAUCAGAAAACUGUCCGUGGAGCUGCUUUUACACAAACGACCGCAGAUUUUUGAACAUCUCGGAUAUUGUUCUCUUUAAUGCUGGAGACUUUAAUCUGCGAGAAUUGCCACGGUUUAGAAAAUCUGAUCAGUAUUUUGCAUUUUUUUUUAUGGAGCCUCUCACAUGGCAUGGAGAACGCUUACGUUAUAUGCCGCUCAACUUUUUCAACUUGACAAUAACAUACAGGAAGCAGAGUGAAAUUUUUUGGCCUUAUUUUCAACUGGUGAAGAUCAGUGAUAAUCCAUUUGCUAUAAUUCCAUGGGAUUAUAAGACGGUCAGCGGUGUGAUUGCAGUAUAUAAAAAUUCAUUCUCUAACAUCAGACGAAGUCUCACUAGAAAAACAAAAUCAGCUCUGCACUCCGUCUCUCGUUGUUCAACACAUUCUAAACGUGAAGCUUAUGUAGCUGAGCUAAGCAAGCAUAUUGACGUUACAGUAAUUGAUAGUUGUUCUAAAAGGUGCAGUAAACAGUGUGAGGAAAAGGCAAUGAACGAACAUCUCUUUUAUUUAUCAUUUGAAAAGAGCGUGUGUAAAGAAUAUGUCACUGAAAAGGUAUUCGCAAGAUUGGGGCAAUUUUUACCUAUUGUUCUCAAAAGAUCUGUUUUGAAAAAUGUACUACCGGAUGAAGCAUUUAUUGCUGCUGAUGAUUUUGACUCGUCGAAACAGCUAGCCAAUUAUCUCAAACGUCUCAAAAACAACACAAAAGAACUUUUAAGAUUUUUAACGUCCUGGACUAAGUUAUAUGGUUAUGGAACCGGAGGUGGUUGUACAUUAUGCAAGUAUCUUCAUCAGCAGCCAAGACCGAAAAACAUUCUCCGAGAUGUUAAAAGCUGGUGGUUGAAGAACGCUAACUGUGACGUGCAUUGCGAUUUGAAAUUAUCAAGGAAAAGUGGUGGAGCACUGGAACUGUUUAUCAUUCUGCAACAGCUAUCGUUAUGGAAAAUCCUUGACGCUUCGUCUAAAAAGCAAUUGAACUUUGGAAAGCAAAACCUUCCUUUUUUUUGUCGUUGUUCUGGUAGCUGUUACUUAUAUUUGAUAAUUGUAACAUAAAU